AUGACUGGAUCAGUUGAUAUCGAGGGACUCGCACGAGCUUUUGACGAAAUGAUAAAGGAUCGGAAAAUACCGUCUCCAAAGAACCAGGCGAUCUUCAACGAGAUCUGCAAGACCAUAGUGACCUCGCAACUCAAGCCACUCCUGGAGUUUGUCGACAUAUUGCUUGAGAAGUUCAUGUAUCCACGUACCGAGUCGGACUCCUUAGCUACGCUUCUGAGCUCACAACAUGCGGAUACCUUGCAGAGAUCCAGAUCUGGUAGCUUUGAAGUUUUCGAUUUGGGACAUCCAAGAGUAUUAGAGAUCAUCAUGGUUAGGCAAAAGAUCGUGGAAUUGAGGAAAACAGGCAAACAAGGUUGGAAAAUUACAGAAUACGGAUCCAAGGUACUGCGAAAAUUGAACCAAAUAUACCUUCUACUUGUCCACUUAUUGCAAGUCCUCAGUGAUCACAUCGAAGCCCCGCUGAAUGCUUUGUUUUACAGGAAUAUUAUCAUACAGAGCAUAUCUCACUUCCAAAUUGCAUUCGAAACAUUCAAGUCCUUAGAUUUUAUCAUCCACGCCCUCCUGAGAAACCUACAAAAAUCCGGUACUACUGACAGCAUAAUUUUCAGUGUGGACGAUUCACUAUUGCUCAAGAUCAAAGAUUUCUCAGCUAACAGCUUGGUCUGGUACGAAAGCCUCAUGAUAGAGUCCACAGCCCUUCGCGAGUAUCUUCUUGUUGAGACCAAGAUUUUUGAGACUGGGGAUGAACAGGAUCUAUCAAAAAAAGGGAUUGAUUCUUACGCUCUAAAGGUCAUUUACGAUUCCAAGUUUGAAUCGUUUCUCGAAAGGAGAAAGGCAAGAUUGAACAUAAGCAACCGGAGAAUUUUUUAG